AAAAUGAAAUCACUUCACUAUAAAUUGGUAUUUGAGAUGGACAAAAUGAAGAACAUAUCAUAGCAAAAUAAGAAAGAAAAGAAAUACAUAAAAAGGAAAAGGGAAGAGUGAUAUGGGUAGCAUGGCUGAGAAAUGGAAGGAACUUAGUGGGAAAAACAAUUGGGAUGGGCUAUUAAAUCCAUUGGAUGUUGAUCUUCGUAAAUAUAUCAUUCAAUACGGAGAAUUGGCUCAAGCAACUUAUGACACUUUCAUUACAGAAAGAGCCUCUAAAUAUGCAGGAGCUAGCAGAUACUCGAUGGAGAACCUUUUUACUAAGGUUGGACUUGACCCAAACAAGUAUAGCGUGACAAAAUUUUUCUAUGCUACCGCAUCCAUUCCACUUCCUGAUGCUUUCAUUACAAAAUCAUUUUCAAGAGAAGCAUGGAGUAAGGAAUCAAAUUUUAUGGGAUACAUUGCUGUGGCUACUGAUGAGGGUAAAGUUUCACUAGGAAGGAGGGAUAUUGUGAUUAAUUGGAGAGGAACUAUGCAGAAGCUGGAGUGGGUGAAUGACUUUCAAUUUUUACUUGUCCCAGCACCCAAAAUAUUUGGUGAUGGAGGCUUGCUUCCUUUGUUUAAACCUUUGGUGCAUCAUGGCUUCUACAAUGUUUAUACAUCAGCAAGUUCACGAUCACAGUUUAAUCUGACUAGUGCCAGAGAUCAGGUAAUUGAAGAAGUGAAGAGAUUGGUUGAAGAGUAUAAGAAUGAAGAUGUGAGCAUAACUGUGACUGGACAUAGUCUAGGUGCAUCCCUUGCAACUCUAAAUGCAGUUGACAUAGCCUUCAAUGGAAUCAACAAAACAAGUGAAGGGAAGGAGUUCCCAGUAACUGCCUUUCCAUUCGCAAGUCCUAAAGUUGGGGAUCUCCAAUUUAAGGCAGCCUUUGAUAAACUGAAUAGCCUUCGUAUUUUGAAAAUUCAUAAUUUAUUGGAUAUUGUUCCGAAAUACCCACCCAUUGGGUAUUUUGAUGUUGGGCAGGAGCUAAUGAUUGACACCGCUAAAUCUCCCUAUGUGAAGCCUCCUGGAGAACCUGUGAGCUGGCAUUUGUUGGAGCCAUACUUGCAUGGAGUCGCUGGCACUCAAGGUUUAGGACUUUUAGCAGGUUUUAAACUAGAGGUGAAUCGCGAUAUCUCACUUGUCAACAAGCAGUGGGACAUACUGAAAGAUGAAUAUUGCAUUCCUGCGACUUGGUGGGUUGAAAAGCACAAAGGGAUGAUUCAACAAGAAGAUGGAUCUUGGCUUAUGUUGGAUCGCGAUGAGUAUGACUUUUGAGGGAGCUACAAGUGGUCACUUUAUUUCCUUUCACGUAAUGUUUGAAUAAAGGGUUUUAUAUAUGUGGUUUCACUUGGGGAAACCAUAUAUUAUUUAAUAUGAAGGAUAAACUUCUUGUUUGUGGAUCUAUUUAAUAUUUUUGGAUGUUUAAUAUGAGUUUUCUAUCUCUAGUAAUUCAUUA